AUGCCAAGUUAUACAUGUUCAACUUGUGGAAAAGAGUUUAAUUGUCAUGUUUCGCUACAAAAUCACGUAAAGGUUCAUGAUAAUGCAAUAGUUGACAGAGCUUUACAAAAAAUUUUUGAAGAAGUAGAACAGGCCUAUGAACAAUUAGAAGAAAAGGAAGAGUUAAAAGAAGAGUUGAGUUAUGACAAACAACUUGAAGAAGAGAAAGAGUUUAGUUACGAAAAACAACUUAAAGAAGAGAGGUAG